AUGUCUAACGAUUCACAGAAAGUGGAUACCUUAAUUCUGGAUGCAGGACCUUUGAUUACCCAACCUGCUGUGCGAUUACAACAACUUGCAUUCCACUUUUUCACUACUCCAGGUGUGUAUCAUGAGUUGAGAGAUGAAAAUGUGCGAUCAAAGCUUCCAUUAUGGACAGACAAAUUGAAGGUUAGGCAGCCAAGGCCUUCAUCUAUUAAAGCAGUUUCCGACUUUGCCAAGUUGACCGGAGAUUACGCCGUGCUUUCUAUGAAUGAUGUGCAUCUUUUGGCACUUACAUAUGAGUUAGAAUGUGAUCUAAAUGGUGGCGAUGGUAAUUUGAGAAAAAGUCCUGGUGCUCAAAGAAAUAAAGAUCUUCAAACAGAAAAAGAACAGUUGUCGAAGGAAGCUUCAAAACCAAUAGUGAGUGAGAAGCCAGAGGGAACGGUGCUUGAAACGAAAACAGAAAAUGUAGUUGAAGAAGAUAGAACGCCAAAUUUAGUUCCUAAACAAGUUGAAUCAGAACCUAAAUCUAAGGAAGAAGCGGGUGAUGUGUCUACUAUAUCUCAAAAGAAGGAGUCCGAGGGACAAGUUGAAGAUGACGGUUGGACAACCGUUAAGAGUAAAAAGCACGUUUAUAAGAAGAAGCAACGUAAGAGAGGUGGCAGAAAACAUAAGGCUUCAAGAGAUAUGCUUAUAAUUGAUGUGCCAAACGAGUCAAACUCACCUGCAUCGGCAUCUUCGCAUGUUGUUCAGGCUGUGGAAAGAACAGAGAAGAAAUCCGAUACUGAAGAAACUUCUGCAAAUCAAACAGAUUCGAACAUCCCAGGAGAUGAUGGUGAAUGGAUUACACCAGAAAACUUAAAUGAGACGAUAUUGAAAGAUAAUAACGAGGUUGAAGAUUUGGGCAGUGCGGAGGAAUCAAAGGUUAAAGCAGCAUUGGCAACAGGUGAUUUUGCCAUUCAAAAUGUUGCACUGCAACUAGGGUUGAAUUUAUUUGAUGCCAUGUCCGGUCUCAGAAUAAAGAGGGUGAGAAACUAUAUGUACAGAUGUCAUGCUUGUUUCACAAUGGUUCCUAUGCCAAAAGAUGGUACUCCAAAGCAUUUCUGUCCAAACUGUGGAGGUGCUACGUUGAUGAGAUGUCCAGUUUCCGUUGAUUCCAAAACGGGUGAAGUUAAAGCUUAUUUAAAGAAGAACUUUCAGUGGCACACAAGGGGUAAUGUGUAUUCUCUGCCUUCACCUUUAUCGAAGAAUAGUCAAAAGAGGUAUGGCCGCAAAGGUUUCCAACACAGAGGUAACGAGAACAUUGAGGAAAUAUAUCUUAGAGAGGAUCAAAAGGAAUAUCAGCAGGCAAUAAAGAAUGCCAAGUGGCAAAGAAAGCAGAUGGAGAAGGCCAUGGAAAACUUUGUGGGUGGUGGUUCGGCCGAUAACAUUGUUUCUCCAUUUCUUGCUGAUGGUGAUCUAAGAUCUGUCAAAGUUUCUAUCGGAAAGGGAAGAAAUGCAAACACUCCGCGUAGGAGGAAGAGAUGA